GCUCGUCAGACGCCCAGCCGACGCUGUCACAGGCGGUUACGUAAGAGAGAAAGCGAACUGGCUCGCCGCGAUAGAGCGCUCGCCCCGUCGCCACAGCCACUCCGCAGUCAACGUCCGUGCCGAACGCACUACUCGUCGCAAGACGCCCUGGAAGCGGACUCGUUCGCAGUGCUCGCUUUGCCGUCGCCGUUCGGGCAAAGCCGCCCUCCGUAGUCAUGGCACCCGAAGCGGCCGUGUUCAGCUCGUGCGAAGCACCGGAAUCAUCGUGCGAAGAGAAGAAACAGCAGGACACGGUCUCGACGGAGGCCGCCGACGAGGAAGACGACUCGGUGAUGUCGUGCUGCGAGAUGUCGUGCGAGGCCGACAAGGACCCGGAUGACGCCAAGCCCUCGCGCAUCGUGGACCUGUUCGACAGUGCCACCGAGUGCGUGUACGGCCUGUUCUUCUGCGGCUACCGCAGCCUCUUCCUGGACACGUACCAGUUCGAGGACUUCAUCUUCUACACGCUGUGGAUGCUGUGCCUGCACUUCUGCAUCAACGAGAAGAUGCCCAACGACUCCCGCCACUACACCUGAAGGGUUGCGCGCAAGCGUGUGUGUGUGUGUGUGUGUGGCUCGGAACAAACGACACCCCGACCCAGUGACCAUGCCAAAGAUGACCUGUGUGAUAGGACAGACAGUGACACUAUCUGCACGCGAAAGAAAGAAAAACAGACUCGUGCUGCCAAUCGGACGACGUGUCAGUCUCCGCCGAAGUGGAAGCGUCUGCCAGCAGAAGCUGUUGACAACGGAUCGACCCAUCUCUCGGCGGUGAUUUGUGACGACGGCCCGCUAGGACCCUUACUGUAAAUGUGUGCUCUGGUUCGACAAGAAAACCACACUGCGAACUAUGGCAGCAGGCACCCUCCGGUAGGGACUGCUUGCUGUACGAUCGACGUGAUUUUUUUGUUUUUUCAACGCCGUUGUGAUGAGUGUGUGUGCGCGCGUGUGUGAAAAGUGCACAGAACAUCGCCGUUCGGCAAAGUGUGCUUUGUUUACUGACGAGUCAUUUGCAAGAGAACCGGCGUCGCACAGCGACUCCUGCGUCCUCUUCAUGGGGACAGUGCGCGAAUAAAACAGUGCGAACGAAAUGAGUCUGAGGAU